AUGGCAUCCACCAAAUCCUCGAAAGAGCAAAAAUAUGACCGACAGCUCAGGCUGUGGGGUGACCACGGCCAAGAAACGCUGGAAAAUGCACACGUGUGUCUCAUAAACGCCACAGCGACUGGUACAGAGAUACUGAAGAACCUAGUACUUCCAGGUAUUGGAGCAUUCACCAUAGUAGAUGGGCACACAGUUGCAGGGGAAGAUGUUGGAAACAACUUUUUCCUGAGCAAAGACAGCAUUGGAAAGAACAGAGCACAGGCAGCCACUGAACUGCUGCAAGAGCUGAACAGUGAUGUCUCUGGAAACUUUGUUGAGGAGAGUCCGGACAAGCUUCUGGACAAUGAUCCAGAGUUUUUCCACAGGUUUACCAUAGUCAUUGGUGUCCAGCUGCCAGAAAGCACGUGUUUGAGGCUCGGCUCAGUUCUUUGGAGUGCAUCUGUACCUUUCCUUGUCUGUAAAACCUAUGGCCUUGUGGGCUACAUGAGACUGGUGGUGCAGGAGCAUACAGUGAUUGAAUCUCACCCAGACAAUGCCUUGGAGGAUCUGAGGUUGGACCAGCCUUUUGCUGAAUUUCAGAACCACAUUAACUCCUACAACCUUGACAGCAUGGACAAGAAGGAUCAUAGUCACAUUCCGUGGAUAAUCAUUGUUGCUAAAUAUCUGGAGAAAUGGCUCAGCGAGCACAAUGGUCAGCCACCAAAAAAUUACAAGGAGAAAGAGUCCUUCAGACAACUUAUUCGGGAAGGAAUCAGAAAGAAUGAGAAUGGUGUCCCAGAGGAUGAAGAAAACUUUGAGGAAGCUAUUAAGAAUGUCAAUACUGCUUUAAAUCCAACUAAGAUUCCUAGUUCUAUUGAAGACCUCUUUGAUAGUGAGCAGUGUAAAAACAUCACAGCACAGAGUUCGUCCUUCUGGGUGAUUCUGCGAGCUGUCAAGGAGUUUGUUCACAAUGAAGGAAAUGGAAGCCUACCUGUACGAGGAACAAUACCUGAUAUGAUUGCAGAUUCUCAGAAGUUUAUCAACCUUCAAAAUGUUUACAGGGAAAAGGCCAUGCAGGAUGCAGCAGCUGUUUCUAAGCAUGUAGAAUCUCUGUUACAUUCUGUUGGGAAGCCACCAGAAAGCACCUCUGAGAAGGACAUCAAACUGUUCUGUAAGAAUGCGUCCUUCCUGCGGGUGGUACGCUGCAGGUCUCUAGCUGAAGAAUAUAGUGUGGAUACAGUAAAUAAAGAUGAAAUCACCUCCUGCAUGGACAGUCCAGAUAGCGAGAUGGUCUUCUACCUCAUGCUUCGGGCUAUUGACCGUUUCUAUCAGCAGCACUCUCGCUACCCAGGUGUUUAUAACUACCAGGUGGAGGAGGACAUCAGCAAACUGAAGCUCUGUGUGAACAGCCUACUGCAAGAGUACAGCCUCAACGUCAACAUCAAAGAUGACUAUAUCCAUGAGUUUUGUCGAUAUGGAGCGGCAGAACCACACACAGUUUCUGCUUUUUUGGGAGGAUCAGCUGCUCAAGAGGCCAUAAAGAUCAUCAGCCACCAGUUUGUGCCAUUUAACAACACUUUCAUUUACAACGCAAUGUCACAGACGUCAGCCACAUUGCGUUUGUGAGUACGGUUACUGAAGCUGCUUACAGACAAUAAGAGAAAUAUGGAGCGUAAUAAAUCCAGCUGCACAUUGGGAUUUGAGAAAAGGAACAAUGAAAGCAGUUUUCUCAGAUUUGAAUGUGGCUAUUACAAAGAUGUAUACAUGUAAACCUACAAGUGCUGAGAAGAAGACCUUUUAGCAUAAACUGUCAGUUCAUAGCGCUUCAGCUUCUUCUCAAAGUUCUUGAAAUGGAAAAAAACUCAAAAUAUCACCGAUGGAGACUUUUUUUAGACAUUUUCUGUUAAGCUGCCCUUUUUUUUCCCAGAAAUGAAACUGUCAGAUUCGAAACCUCCAUGUAGUAUUUUAAUCUGAAAUUCAGCAUUUAAGGAUGAUGUAUUACAAUGUAGCAGCACUUUGUAUUCAUUAGUCACAGUUGUCUUAUUGUAUUUGGAAAAUAAGCUGUGUAAAACUGUCAUGUAUUCUAUAAAACAUUAAAUGUUUUAUCUGAAUUUUUUUUCUUUUUUUUUUAAGUUUAAACAAAUGAUUUGUCUUCAGCUCACUCGCCAAUCUGACUCACACGUAGUUUCACCUCUGCAAACACUUCAAG